CACUGGUUCAUCAUACGGUCGUUUUCAACGCCUGUUUCUCCUCCUACCUACGCUUCUUCCAAUCCCCUUUCCGCGAUUCAAGUUCUUCUCUUUGCCUCGAUACUGGUGCUUCUUGAGUUUAACUGAACGAUCCUAUUGUUUGCUAUCCUCCGCAGCACGGUUCUCGUAGCAACUCGCCCGCAACCACAUAAAGGAAAACACUCCCGGCACUCUAGAGUGGACAACGAGCUGAGUUCUGGGCGUAGUCACAGGUGCAGUGCGGAAGGUGUCGGUGACAGCUUGGAGAGAAGUCUGGGAAGAAGCGUGAGAUUGCGACACGGAUGGUGCAUCGUGUAACUGCGUGUGCGCUAGCUUCAUGAUCGGUAGUAGAGGAUUGUGCGGUGGUUUUGGGAACAAGUCGGGGGGAUGGAUUAUACAGUGGUGGAAACUGCUGGACCGAGAUUGUGGCGAAUAGUUCUACCGACAUUUAACUGAGCGGCACAUGGUCUCUAUUACUCCAAAGAAAAUCGGUACUUUUUCAUGGUGCCCCGAAGCCAAGCACGAAGCUGCCUUACUUGUCUAGCUGGAAAAUGGAGCGGAGAUGUAGACGUAUAUGGUUCAUUCUUUAGGACCGGAGCUAGUAACUCUCCAUGCUGGACUUGGGUGGAUUGAAAGUUUGGUCGCGAGUUGAGUUCAAUGGAUGAGUCAAAGGCCGCUGCUGCUAAAGCCAGGGACCAGAGGCAUCAAGGGUCGUAUGCUAUUUUGAACGUCAGUUCAACUCAGGAUGAACUCAAUGCUGCGCUAAUUCAAGCUGCUAGUGAGGGUAACCACCUGAUAUUGAAUCUACUGAUAGAUGCAGGUGCAACAAACCUGGUGGGCGCCAUGACGUGUGCUGGCUGGUCUGGCCACGUUCACGUCGUAGAUGCACUUAUCAAGCUUACUCGAUCGGUUUCCUUCGGUGCUGCCUUUGUUGGGGCACUAGUUGGUCUGCAGAAAGAUAUGGUUGAUCAUGUGGUCCAUGUCGCAGACAAACAUGGGCUUGACAAGUGCCUUCUCAUGGGAGCAGCUCGCAUUUGGAGCUGCAGCACUGUGGAGGAAGUUAAGUUCUUACUGUAUGCCAUCCAGCGCCUGGUGGACGCCGGAGCGAAGAGCUUUCAAAGGGCGAUGCAAGUGAGCUGUGGCGAUGCUGUUAUCGAGUAUUGGAAUGGAGAUAUUUUUAUGCACAAAGCUCAGAUCCUUCAAAGAUUAGUGGUUUUAGGGUCCAACCAUCUAACUCCAGAUUUCUUCGGACGGAUCCUCUUGAUGAUUUGCGUAACCUUUCUUUGUAAGUUACGGAAGUGCCAUGAGAAGACGUGUGAAGGUCCGGCUGGGAUAACAAAACAGUACUGCAAAUCUGGAGAGGAUUUGAGGUGUGCAACCAUUGUGCAGGACAUGAUCAACGUCCUGUCAGUUGUUUGUAAGAAUGGGGCAGCGGACCUCAUCAGCAGCCGAUUACUUGAUGUUGCCUAUGGAAGUUUUGAUGAUAUAAGGCGAUUGCUGCACAUUUUUGAACCACAUUUGGAAACCUGUAGUUCCGAGUGGCCACUGAAAAUGCUCCAGUUCAUGCUUAUCGACUGUGGUAUCAAGGAUUUGAGCCCCACAGUAACUACACUUCCUGCAUUCCAGGCAGCUCGGCUGAACGUUCUUCUUCCGGUAGUAAAAUGCUUUUUUGAACUACAGUGUUUCGACGCUGCAUACGUCUACCUGGAUUUGUCGAUCACUUUCUGUCAAAUAGACGCCAUCCGAUAUAUUCUGAGAGUCAUUCCUAAGCCACCUGACACGGCAAAUCUGAUCCAGGCGGUUCGAGCUGCAGCCUCGAACACAAGGGGUCCACCCCGUGGGCCACAAGGAGUUCUUUGUGCUCUUCACUCAAACUUCCUUUGUAAUGAGACUGAAACUUUGGCUGAAGCUGCUAAGUUAGCAGAGCUACCAGAAACUGACGUGUCUGUGAAAAUGGCGUUGAGGUCGGAGUGGUCCCAGCAAGCGUUUAAUGAAGGAAUUCAAGCUGGGCAGAGGCAUUUUUUGAACUGGAUGCUUGUCAGGAAGCACGCAUUGUCACCAUUGCGAGUGGGUGAGCUGCCACUGGAAAUACAAGUUGCGAUCGGGUAUUUUCCUUUGUACAGAGACUGCUUGAAUACUCCUGGCAGUCUCAUAUCACAAAGACAGCGGGGGGAGGUGGUGGUAGCUUUGCAACAACUUUGUCAAGGGAGUGGGAAAUUCACUUACUCCACUUUAAUGAGCGCCGACAAGAGAUUGCUGUUGUCCCUGCUAGCUGCACAUCUUCCUGCAUGGUGCCGUUCUCCGGAGUUCAAACGUAGAGUGUUCACUGGAUUCUAACUUUAGCUUGGUAACAGCGCACCAUACACACUUCGAGCUGAGCAGAUUGUGACGCACGGAUGAGGAGCCUCUCUUUUCGUUCUUUUUUUUGGUUUUUUUAUUGUUUACCAGCCUCUAGUUCGGCAAGAACAACUGCUCUUUAAUUAAACAUCUUAACCAGUUUGAGAGGGAUCUUUCAGUCCACGUGUGUUAUUUGAACGAGCAAACUUUUGAGCGCAGGAUCGGGCAAACCUGGUUUCGUGCCGAGUCAGUACUUGGUAUCAUUCCAGACAGUAUUGGCGAUGUCUUCGCCUGUGAAACGUCGGGCUGCGUAGCACCGCUCUCAAUCCGAAAUUUCCCAGAAUAAAAUUAUGUUCUUAGCAGCAGAUUUGAGGUGCUGCCUCAAUUCAAGUGAUUGUUUAGGGCCAUCAAUUCAAGACGUUUAGAGAGUUCUUGUUGAUUGUGGCACAUAGAAGCUCAUUUGAAGAUAGGCACCCAAGUAAAAAGUAUCCAAUAAAAUAUCUUUUCUAUGAGUAACUCGCAGACCGACUGCCGGUGCCGAUUGACUCUUCGAAUCCCACUACUGGCACACCGUAACUGACACACAGUUGCUCUCUUGUACUUCAAUCAAUCAAUCUUUAUUAAAACAUAUUAUUUCGAUCA